AUGGGCAACGGGAUGUGCUCCCGAAAACAGAAGCGGAUUUUCCAGAGCCUCCUGCUCUUGACGGUGGUGUUCGGGUUCCUCUACGGGGCGAUGCUGUACUACGAGCUGCAGGGCCAGCUGAGGAAGGCGGAGGCCACGGCGCUCAAGUACCAGCAGCACCAAGAGUCCCUCUCAGCUCAGUUACAAGUUGUAUAUGAGCACAGGUCAAGAUUAGAGAAGUCACUACAAAAGGAGAGACUUGAACAUAAGAAAGCAAAAGAAGAUUUUCUUGUUUAUAAACUAGAAGCACAGGAAACACUAAAUAAAGGAAGGCAAGACUCCAACAGCCGGUACAGUGCCCUGAGUGUGCAGCACCAGAUGUUGAAGAGUCAACAUGAAGAACUAAAGAAGCAACAUGCUGACCUUGAGGAAGAUCACAGAAAACAAGGAGAAGAAUUUAGCAGAACAUUCAACGAUCACAAGGAGCGUUACUUGCAACUGCAGCAGGAAAAGGAGCAGGAGAUCUCUAAGCUGAAGGAAUCCCUGUAUAACUUACGGGAGGAGAACAGACAGUUGAGAAAAGCUCACCAAGACAUUCACACCCAGCUACAAGAUGUCAAGCAACAGCAUAAGAACUUACUCUCCCAACACAACCAGCUUGUAGUGACUUUGGAAGACCACAAGAGUGCACUAGCAGCUGCACAGUCCCAGGUGGAGGAGUACAGGCAGCUGAAGGACACACUCAACAAAAUGCCAAGUUUCCGCCAGCCUGAGAAUUUGGAGCGACCAAAUGAGCAACAAGAGGUGCAGGCACCACCUCCCCACAGUGACCUCCCCGUGCCCCACGAAGCUGUGGCUGAAGAGCACAAAGAGAAUGAGAAGCCAAAUGAGAGAGAAGAAAUAAUGACCCAGGAAAAAGAUGACAGAGCUGAGCCUUUUCAUCUGCAAAGAAGGGCUGAGGAAGGCCAGCAUGCCAGGGAACUAAAUAUUCAGGAGCAACAAGAAGCUGGAGAGGAUGAAGAGCAACGUGUAGAUCAAGGUGAAGAAGAACGCAAAAAAGAACUUGAAGAGGAAGAAAUGGAGCAGGCAGGUCAGCCUGAGCACUUGGAGGAGGAGCAGGAUCAAGUUCCAGAAGAGCGUGAGUGGAAAAAAGAGGAACAGAAAGAAGAAGAAACCAACAUGUUGGGUGAUCACCUUCAUUCUGAGAUCACAUCAACAAAAGCUGCAACAAAAAGACACAAGCCAGUCUAUGAACGGCAACUGGAGCAGCAACAUCUUGCAGCCCAAAGAGCAGAUCAAGCCCAUCAACUGCCAGAGCAUCAGGCCUCACUGCAGCAGCAGAGGCUGCGGGAACAGCUCCUAGGGCAGCAGCAGCUUCAAGAAAAAGAGCUUCAGCUGCAGAAGCAGGAAGAACAAGAAGAAAAACUCUAUAAAAAACAGCUCAGCCAGCAGGCUCAUUAUGAUAACAUGGACCAUGAUAUUGUACAAGGGGAAGAAGAGCAAGGUAUUCAGGAAGAGGAGGGAGGUUAUGAACGUGACAACCAGCACCAAGAUGAAGGUGAAGAGGAUGAUCAAAAUCAUGCAAAUGAGCAGCAGGAACCAGAACAUCAGGGAGAAGACCAGCAGGCUGAUGAAUUGAAGGCUGCCAUGGAAGAUGUGAAUCCUGCUGAUGACCCUAACAAUCAGGGAGAAGAUGAAUUUGAAGAAGCUGAGCAAGAGAGAGAAGAAAAUCUGCCAGAUGAAAAUGAAAAGCACAAGCAGACCAGUCAGAAACAAGGGCAUCCAGGAAUGGAAGAGCACCUAGUGAUGGCAGGAAAUCCUGACCAGCAGGAGGAUAAUGUGGAUGAACAAUAUCAGGAAGAAGGAGAAGAGGAGAUCCAAGAAGAUCUGACUGAAGAGAAGAAACGAGAACUGGAACGCAACCCUGAAGAGCCAUAUGGUGAAAAUGAGGACAAUGCAGAUGAAAAGAAUAAUGGAGGGGCAGACCAAGAGCAAGAAAUGCAAGAAGAGAACAACCAGAAAGAAGUUCAUGAAGAAAACUAUGAGGAGGAAGAGGAGGAGGAAGAGGAAGGCAGAGCUGUUGCAGCAAAAACUCGGAGACGAGGGGAGAUGUAAUCCUUUUUGG